AUGCAUAAAAAAUUCCUCACUGAAGAUAAGCCCUACAAAUGUGAUGAGUGUGGGAAGACAUUAAGUAUAAAGACAAUACUACUUAUUCAUUACAGAGUCCACAGAGGAGAGAAACCAUACCCGUGUGAUGAAUGUGGGAAGACUUUCAGUCAGAAGACAAAUCUAGUAGCUCGUCACACAGUCCAUACAGGAGAGAAACUAUACAUAUGUGAUGAGUGUGGGAAGAUUUUCAGUCAUAAGCCAAGUCUAGUUAUUCAUCAAAGAGUCCACACAAGAGAGAAACCAUACUUAUGUGAUGAGUGUGGGAAGAGUUUCAGUCAUAAGAGAAGUCUACUACUUCAUCAAAGAGUACACACAGGAGAGAAACCAUAUAUAUGUGAUGAAUGUGGGAAGAGCUUCAGUCAACAGACACAUCUACUUACUCAUCACAGAAUCCAUAAAGGAGAGAAAUUGUACGUAUGUGAUGAGUGUGGGAAGAGUUUCAGUCAGAAGGCAAAUCUAGUUGCUCAUCACAGAGUCCAUACAGGAGAGAAACCAUACAUGUGUGAUGACUGUGGGAAGAGUUUCAGCCAUAAUACAAACCUAGUUGCUCAUCACAAAGUCCAUACAGGAGAGAAACCAUACAUAUGUGAUGAGUGUGGGAAGAGUUUCAGUCGUAUAAGCAGUGUAGUUAUUCAUCAAAGAGUCCACACAGGAGAGAAACCAUACAUAUGUGAUGAAUGUGGGAAGAGCUUCAGUCAACAGACACAUCUACUAACUCAUCACAGAAUCCAUAAAGGAGAGAAACUGUACAUAUGUGAUGAUUGUGGGAAGAGUUUCAGUCAGAAGGCAAAUCUAGUUGCUCAUCACAGAGUCCAUACAGGAGAGAAACCAUAUAUAUGUGAUGAGUGUGGGAAGGGUUUCAGUCAUAAUACAAAUCUAGUUGCUCAUCACAGAGUCCACACAGGAGAGAAACCAUUCAUAUGUGAUGAGUGUGGGAAGUGUUUCAGUCGUAUGAGCAGUCUAGUUAUUCAUCAAAGAGUCCACACAGGAGAGAAACCAUACAUAUGUGUUGAAUGUGGGAAGAGCUUCAGUCAACAGACACAUCUACUAACUCAUCACAGAGUCCAUAAAGGAGAGAAACUGUACAUAUGUGAUGAGUGUGGGAAGAGUUUCAGUCAGAAAGCAAAUCUAGUUGCUCAUCACAGAGUCCAUACAGGAGAGAAACCAUACAGAUGUGAUGAGUGUGGAAAGAGUUUCAGUCGUAUGAGCAGUCUAGUUAUUCAUCAAAGAGUCCACACAGGAGAGAAACCAUACAUAUGUGAUGAAUGUGGGAAGAGUUUCAAUCAAUACACACAUCUACUUAUUCAUCACAGAGUCCAUAAAGGAGAGAAAUAAUACAUAUGUGAUGAGUGUGGGAAGAGUUUCAAUUUUAAGAGAAAUCUAUUUGCUCAUGAGAAGUUUCCCAAAGAAGGGAAACCCUAUGUCUGUAAUGAAUGUGUAAAAGGAUUUAGUAAGAAGUCACAUCUACAUACACAUCUCAGAGUUCAUACAGGUGAGAAGUUCCAUUUAUGUGAUGUGUGUGGGAAAGGAUUUAAUCAGUAGUCAACAUUUUAUAGUCAUCAGAGUUUCCAAGUAGAAACACAUCUUUCAAUGUAACUGUACUAGGAAGAUUGUAGUAAGAUCACAAAUCUAAAUUAACCCUAUGAUAUUAAUUUAUACUGUGGUAGAAUAAUUAUCACUUGAUUUACUGCUCAAAUUCUGAACACUAAAUAUUUUCUGUUUAGAACCAUUCUCCUGAGGAUUUCCAGUUCAAGGGUAAAACUAAACUCAUGAAUGUGUGAUUCAAUUACUCUCUACUUUGACUAUAAAAGACCUGCAAACUGGACCUCUUAGUGUAUAACAUGUGUGUAGGCUUCCCUCGCCUUAAUGCUGUUCCAUGAAA